UCAGGAAGCUCGGCCAUGAUGUCGUCACUUGAAUCACAAGCUUUUUUCGAUCUCCAUCUUUUUAUUUGGACGUCUAUGCUCUUUUCGUGAAAGUACUGCAUCAUCUCUCAACUCCAUUGCACUUGCUCUUUCCCCGUUGCCUUCUAAAUUUUAGAGUCGUUAUUUUGGUGGAGGAUUUAAAUCUCAUAUACAGCAACGAUGUCAGUCCCCGAAACCUUCCACGGCUGGCUCGCCCACGACGCAAAAGCCGCGCAGGGAAACCUGCAAUGGCAAUCCUUCGCACCGAAGCCCUUCGCAGAAACAGACAUCGACAUAAAAAUCACGCACUGCGGUAUCUGCGGCACAGACAUCCACACGUUGCGCUCUGGAUGGGGCCCCACCCACUAUCCAAUUUGCGUCGGGCACGAGAUCGUCGGACACGUAGCGCGCAUCGGCAGCGCUUCAUCGCGAAGAUUCCAAGUGGGCGAUAGAGUGGGCGUCGGUGCGCAGGCAGCGAGUUGCUUGCGCGCUGAUUGCGAAGAGUGCAGCGCGGGCAUGGAACAGCACUGUGGGAAGGGCUUCGUGGGCACGUAUAAUGGGCAGUAUAGGGAGAGUGGAUACUGGAGUAUGGGCGGGUACGCGGACUACGUGCGUGUACCGGCGCCCUUUGCAGUUAAGAUACCCGAGCGGCUGGCGAGCGCGGAUGCAGCGCCGAUGAUGUGUGGCGGGAUCACGGUGUACGCGCCGCUCAAGAAGAAUGGCGCGGGGCCGGGGAAGAAGGUGGGAAUCGUAGGGUUAGGCGGGUUGGGCCAUUUUGGCGUUUUGUUUGCGAAGGCGCUGGAGUGCGAGAAGGUGGUUGCGAUAAGCAGGAGUAGGAGCAAGGCGAAGGACGCGCAAGCCAUGGGCGCAGACGAGUUCAUUGCGACGUCGGAGGACGAGAAGUGGGAGAGGAAGCACUCGCGUACGCUGGACCUCAUCGUGUCGACCGUCUCCUCGCCCGAUAUGCCGUUAUCGGGCUACCUGCGGCUUUUGCGUACGAACGGGCAAUUCAUUCAGGUUGGCGCGCCGGAGGAUAAGCUGCCUGCUAUUGCGGCGUUUACGUUAAUUGCCAAGGGAUGUAAGAUUGGGGGGAGCCAGAUUGGAAGUCCGAGGGAGAUCGAGGAGAUGUUGCGAUUUGCGGCGGAGAAGGGGGUGAGGCCGUGGGUGCAGCAGCGGAGGAUGAGCGAGGCGAAUCGGAGUGUGGUGGACAUGGAGGACGGAAGGGCGAGGUAUCGUUAUGUUCUGGUUAAUGAGGAUCAUGCGAAGCUGUAAAAGAACAAGGGGGUAUAUGGCGAGGCGGUAUGAAUUAUAUCAAAAAGCGUAGUCUAGCGCAUCGAGGCACCUCGUGAGGAUAUAUGUACAUAUG